AUGGGCGGCCACCCCAGACGGCCGCGCUGGGCUGCCGGGUCCGCCGUGGCCCUGGGCGGCCUGGCCUGCGUCGUGGCGGCGUCGUUCCGCUCGCUGCUCAUCGACCCCCGGUCCGCCGUGCGCUCCGCCGCGGACCGCUGGAUCAGGUUCGCGGCCCCGCCCGGCAAAACGCUCGCGUCGACGGUGGCGCUGGACGCGUCGGCGUUCCUGGCCUUCCCCGCCGUCGUCGAGAUGCUCGACCUCAAGGGCGUCGCGGCGGCGGACCUGUACGACUACGUGCCGCGACAACUGACGGCCACGUUUCGCAACGCGGGCGCCGAGAUCGAGGGCGCGAUCGGCCGGAGCGCGCUCGGCGGCUGGGUCGCUUUGUCGCUGAGCUCCGGCAACAAGGCGUCCUACGUCGUCGUCGUCGACUACGCCAACACCUACGGCCCCCGGGGCCUCAAGGUCUACAACGCCUCGAGCCUCCUCGUCGCCCUCGGCGCGAACGCGAACAAGGGCCCCCGCGCCAUCUGGAAUUUCGUGGAAGACACGUGGACGAUCCUCUGCGCCGGCGGGUCGAACGACGCGCACGACCUCCAGCUGUCCUACGACGGCUCCCAACUCUGGCAGGCCGACGGCCGCACGGCCGUCGAGGCCUGGGACGUGGCCAGCGGCGCCGUCGUGGCGUCCUUCGCCGAGGUCGACGUCGAGGACCCGAACCACGUCCAGGUCACGGACGAGGACGCCGUCGCCUACGUCUCGAGCCGCCAGACGGACGGCGUCGUCAAGAUGAAGACCGACGGCACCGUUUUGUGGACCCUGGGCGGGCCCAACGGCGACUUCAACGUCACCUUCGGCGACGACCACUACGCCGCGGGGUCGUCGCUCUGGGUCGGCCAGCACAACGCGGAGUACGUCGGCGACGACGAGUACUGCCUCUUCGACAACCAGGAGGGCACGGGCGCCGACUCGCGCCUGUUGUGCGUGGAGCUCGACUACCACCGCUCCAAGGCCGCCGUGACCUUCUCCAAGGAUCUCGGCGCCUACACGCCCCACUUCGGCGACAACGACCGGCUGCCCACGUCGAACCAGUUCGGCGUCCACUGGCCCGACCAGGUCGACGUCGACGACCAGUACGACGUCCGCGCCCUCGAGGUCGUCCGGGCGACGGGCGACGUCGUCUACGAGCUCAAGGUCGUCGGCGCGAAGUGCCGCUCCGCGGCCGACUGCGACAAGGGCCUCACGGACCGCUGGACGUCCUACUCCGCCGAGCGCUUCUACGCCGCGCCCCUCGUCUGGAACGCGACUUGCGCCGGCUCGACGCUGAGUUUCACCGCCGCCGACGCCUUCAAGAGGCCCAACAAGUACGCCGCGACCUACGACGUCGUCGAGCGGCCCGCGCGCCGCGCCAAGUCCGUCGCCGGCGACUUCGAGCUCGCGGCCUACUGGCGCGACACGGCGGCGGCCGUCGACGUCUCCGCGCUCACGGGGCCCCUCACGCUCACGGUGACGAACGCGCAGGGCGCGGCGACGACCGUGGACGUCGACGCGUGCUCCUAA